AUGGCGGACGCUUCUCGCAUGCAAAAUAACGGACAGAACCGCCGCUGCGUCUAUGGCGUAUCGAAGAGAUCCGGCAAGCAUAGCGGAGAGGGGUCCACCAAGGCAGAAGGAGGUGGCAAGAACGCCACCGUUGCCAGGCCGCCGGCAACGCCUACCUCGACGACGGGUAUCGAGACACCUUCAAGCUCCUCGAGCACCAUAGAUCCGAGAGAAUUUCUCCAAUUGUUCCCACCGUCUAGCGCGGAUUCUUCCGACUUACUCAACGGGCAGCAAUUGCAGAAAGAUUGGACAUUUGACAACAAUCUUUUCAUGCCCAACCAAUCCGCAACGUCGCAAGGGUCGCCCGCCAAUUAUGAUCAUUACCAAUUCAUGUUCGGAAGAGAUGAAGGUCACAUGUCGAGUGUCCAACACCACGGACCCGGUCUUUUUGACAACGCCUCCGAUGCAGAGCUCGGAUCCUGUAGCCGCGACGACAGCAUAGCCGAACAACCUCCCUCCUACACGCAAUCGAACACCCAGUGCGUUUCCUGCAGCACGUCGAACCUCCAAAAUGAUAGCUCCUCAAUGGUAGACACCUGCCGUUGCAACGAGAUUAUUAUCACGCAGCUCUCCUUACUGCCGGUACUGCUUCUCGACAACGAAUGUUCCACAUUCGAUGUCGAGCUUGUACAGUUCCAGAAAGCGAUUAAACUCUGCACUGGCGUCCUAGCUUGUACCUGUCCCGGCAAAGAUUACACGUCCAUCUUGACCAUCAGCAUGCUUAUCGCCCGCAUCAUCUCCUUCUUCGAGCGCAACGGCGCUCAAGCAGGACGCGACAACGAUCAAAAUGCCCCGUCACUCAUCAUGACAGGUGCGAUGACCCCAAUCCGGUCACCAAAAUUCAGCGUUGGUAUAUAUGAGAUCGAAGGAGAGGACGAAUGCAAUCUAAAGAGGGAGGUGUGGUGGAUGCAGAUCAGGAAGGUAGAGUCACUUGUUGCAGGAUUCAAGGAGAUGGUGGCGAAGAUGACGCUGCAACAAGUAUACCAGGACAAUUCUCAGGUAGCGGCGUGGGGAAAGCUCGUGUUUUUGCUGGAGCAGAAAGCCCAGGCGGUGAAGAGAGACUGGAGUGCCUGCCGGGAUAAAGCUUGA